AUGUGGCUAUCUUUUCUCUACCUUGUCAUCCGCAGCAGACCAACGUUUGACCGACUCUUCUACUUGCAGCUUCGGAAAUGCAUGCUUGACGCGCUCACCCUCAUCCUAUUGACAUUCCUGCAGAGCUCGUCCCAGAGGAAGCUCUGGACAACCGGGGCUGGGCAAGAAGGUGAAGACACCGGGAACGAGGGAGUGAAAGAGGAGCGCUGGUACCAUCAGGCGGCGGUCAUCCUCUGGCUGCACACUAAUCACUGGGAGGUGAUCAGCGCCGACAACGGAGAUCAGGCCGUCAUGGAGGCGUGCUCAGUUUCCGACGCGCUGAGAGCUCUUCCGCGCAUUCUUGAGGCCGUAUGCAUGCGCACGGGAACCCUUUCUCCAGGGGAGGCGGGCACCGUCACGGAUCUCAUCCUCAAGCACGGCCACGUGUCACUCGAGGACGAGAUGUCGCGUGCGCUCGAGGCGCUGUGCAAACGUUCGAACCUGCUUUCAGACGUUCAUGCCAGAAAGCUGGCCAAUCUCGUCAUUCAACACGGCACUAUGGACCAUGCAAAGACGUUUGUCCAUCGCUAUCGUGGCCCGCACGCGCCCGCCAAGCCCGUCGUGGCUCUCCUCGGGGCCCACUUCGGCUGGGAACCGCUGCAGCUACAACUGCUCGCCGCUAUCAAGCACUCUUUCUCUCCAUCCAAUCUGGCCCGCGGCUUCUGGCUCAUGCUAGACGUAGGGCCACCUUUUGCAAACCAAGAAGGGUCGGCUGAAGGAGAGCCCCGCUGCGGGGCGGCCGCGGGGGCCAGCUCGACCGGGGGCAAAGGGCGCCUGGACGGAGCGGCUGCGGCCGCGAGCGAGCGCGCGCGCGUCGAACUGUGCGCGGACGCCGUCGCCUGGUUGACCGCGUUCGUUUGCGCGCGCCGCCUCGCUGUCGAUGACUGGGAUAAAGGCGACGAUAAUCUCCAGUUCGGCCUCAGAGACAUAACUGCCACCGGAGCCUAUUUAACGGUUCUGGAGCGGUACGGACCCAACAGCUGGGCACUCUUGACGGAGAGAGUAGCGAAAGAAUUGGUUGGCGUCUCCCUGACUAUGGCGACGGAGCUGCUGUUCAGGAUCGCGGUCGACAAAUGCGGCGGGUGCCCGGGCGCACGCGCAAACGGCGACCUUUUACCUGGGGCCGUGGCUUUCUGCAAGAGCUUUGCGAACGAGGUGGUCGCCGCGCUUCUGAAAGAACAGGACGCGCCGCCCCCUCCCCCACCCCGCUCGACGCCGUACUAUUAUGAUCCGCUAGACCCCGCGCGUAGCCCUGAGUGGUUCUGCCAACUGCUCCGGUCACUCCACUGCCUCCAAGUUCCCCUGGAAACCAUGCAGUCGUUGUUCGCCCACUUCGUCGCCACGCCUCGGCUUCACGACGUAGACACGACAGUCGUUCCGGCAAUCGAGCCGCUUUUUGAGUGGUUAGGAGCCGACCGCGCCAAAGCGACCCCCUGGUUUGUGAAGCUCUGCCUGGCGUGCCUGGCCGAGCGGAAGAAGGUCUGUGUGGAGCCUCCCGUGCCGCGGAACUGGGCGGUUCCCGCAACGUGCGGGUGCGACUGCGACAAUUGCCAGGAGCUACUAAAACUCUGCCUCCAUCCAGCCCGCACGCGACAUACUAUGACUGUGCCAGAAGAGAUGGAGGCCCAUGUACGGGACACUGUGCAAAGGUACGCAAUCCCCGUCUGGACGGAAGGGCGAAAAGGGCGUACCUAUCUCGAGUGGAUCCAGGUUGGCUCUACAGGCUUCUCCGAUGAAUGGGAUGCGACUCAGGCCGUCCGGUUGCAGGAGGCUUACGCGAAGAACGUAGAAAAGCUAGCGCAAACUGAAAAGGUCCUCAACAAGGUGCUUGGAGAAGAUCUGCUUGCCAAUUUGAAGGGGAACGUGUGA